GUGGCUUGCUGCGUCAGCUUUGGUUUUUUGAGGGCUUCGCAGAGAUAGUGCUGCUGCAAGAGCUUCGCAUGUCGCGGGCUCGGCGCCUCUUGGGGCGGGAGGUCAACGUGCGUCACCUUCGCGGAAAUUGGCGUGAGAUGCCACCUGCUGCAAGAGUUUUCUCCGAAGACUGGGAACGGCUGGAAGCCGUCGGCUUUCCAGUUCCGCUUUUCCAAGAGCGCGCAGCGCAGGUGGAGUUUUUCAUAGAAAUUUGGCACGACCGGGUGAUUGCAAGACAAAUCGUUCGCACCAAAAGGACGACCUGCAGAAUGGUGCUGGCUGGCUUCGAGCUUGAAGUGUCUUACACGAAAGAAACAAUUUACCGGGAGGAGAGCUCACCAGAAUAA